AUGGUGGUGGCCACAAUACUCAUAGAAGUGGAGAGUUCGGUUCUCGACAAUGGCGGAAGCAAUGAGAUCAUGCGAAGCUUGAUGCUCAGUUUGCAAGUCACGAACAUCUAG